UUGUUGACUUGGAAACAGGCCCUGAAAAACACCUCGCUAAAGUAUCGUGACACAGCCACCACCAUUGCCUAGAACCAGGCCGCAUGGGGAAAAGAUGCCGAGGCGUAACCACCAAAAUGUCACAGCACCAAAUGAGGCAGCCACAAUCAAUUGCUGCAUAUAUACCUCCAGCGACCUCCUCGCGAGCCGCACUGAGACGGGCAUACAGCUGAGAAUGAGUUGCAGUUGAAGUCACAAUUAUUACUCGCGGAAAGCCUCUUAUCCAUCUCAACAAUAAACCCGCCGAUCGGAACAGGAUCACAUACAUCACGGCCAUGGCAGCCGCCGACGGCCAAAUUUGCGUCGCGCCCCUCUCCAGCCCGUACUCGCUCCUCCCGCGCGCGCACACCUACUCCCUGGUCGUCGCCCUCCUCCUACCCCUCCCCCGCGGCUGGCUCUUCCGCGCCGCCCUAGCCGCCUUCACGACCCGCACCGCCGUCGCCGCCGUCGAUGCCGUCGUCCUGCUGGUCAACAUCUCCUCCUCCUCCUCCUCCUCCUCCUCCUCUUCCUCCGCGCCGGCCCCCCUUGAUAUCUUCGUCGCCCUCGAAUUCCUCGGCCUCGCCGUCGUCAUCGCCUGCUGGCUCCUCCUCGCCUCGCGGCGCGCCGGCGCCUCCGCCGCCCGCCCGCUCAUACGCGCCUGGGGUGCGGCCGUGACCGCCGGCUCGGCCGUCGCCUUCGCCGCCGUCACGCGCCUGGGCCGCCUCCUCUCAGCCGGGAACCCGGGCCCGGGCCCGGGCCCGGGCCCAGACCCGGCCGCCGCGUGCCGUCGCAGCCACAAUCACGGCGUCCUGGUCGGCCGUGCGGCCGUGUUCGGCACGCCCGAGGACGUCGCCGUCCUGGGAUCGGUCGCGUCGAGGGUCGCGUGGGUGGUGCGCAGGGUCGGGAUCCCCGCGGUCGUGCUGUCGGCCGUGGCGUUGCUGGCUAUCGCCCUGCCGCAGUCGGCGGGGCUGAGCGGGAGGCGGCCGGACGAGGAGCGCGGUUCCGAGGAGGUGGUGAGGGACGCGGCCGCCGGGCCGUGGAGCCAGCUCGGGCCCGCGAGGACGGUCGUCGGGAUGGCGCUGCUGGUGUCGCUUCCGGCCGCGGCCGUGUUUAUGGCCGUGUCGUCGGAGCAGUAUCUCCACUCUAUGGCGCGGGAUCUGCUCGAGGUCGAGCCCAUAUCUUCUGUCGGGCAGUGGGGCGUCUGGGCGGCGACCGGCGUGGUUGUGGUGGCGACUUUUGUAAACGCCAUGAGGGAGAAGAUGGGGUUGGGGCGCUCCACGGGGAGCGCAACUGGCCAUCUCCCGGCGCCGGGUCAAGACGGGGCCAUCAAGUUCUAACUCGGUUAAUCUAAUGAUGUAUAAUUAGCAGCUUUGCACCGCUACCAAACCAUGGUGGUGAUGGUUUUUAUUAUUCCCGACACAUGGGAUGAUUCCACAGGGCUUGAUAGCUCCCUAGAAACUGCCCCCAAUUCCUCUAGCCUUCCCGGGAAGACCAUGGUAAACUAACAGGA